AUGUCCUGCUACGAUCUGUGCCCACCCAGGACCAGCUCAGAGCUGUGCCCCCCCAGGAGCAGCGUGGCCGUGCCCCAGCCCAUCGCUGAGAGCUGCAACGAGCUGUGCGCCCGCCAGUGCCCUGACUCAUCGGCCUUGAUCCAGCCGCCGCCCGUGGUGGUCACCUUCCCCGGGCCCAUCCUCAGCUCCUUCCCCCAGCAAGCCGUGGUGGGCUCCUCCGGAGUUCCAGCCUUUGGCGGCUCCCUGGGGCUGGGCGGCCUCUACGGCGCCAGUGCCACCCAGGCCUCGGGAGGCCUCUGCACCUUUGGUAGAGCCUGGGCUGCUCCUUCCUGCAGCCCUUGCACCUUUCCCCGCUACAGCAAGAGGGUCUGGGACACCUGUGGGCCCUGCUAG